AUGGAUAUAACUCCCAUAUCUGCGCACGGUGCCCUGGCGCUGGAGGCGAUCGAUGAAGUCAACCCUCCUGAGGACGCAGAAUCGCUGCGCGAUCUGUUCUACAGCGAUACGUGGGCGAACUCGUCGCUUCCGAUCCUGUCUAUGCAGGCGCAAUCUGAUUCUGUCCAUGAAUGCGGCCCAAGUCGGGAGGUAGCACAAGAGAGGUCGACGUCGGACAGCGGGCCAGCUAGCAAGCGCGAAGAGCACAGACCGAAAAAGGUGAACAUCACAUCUGCGGUUGCAGUGUCGUCCUCGAGAAGCGGCUCUCCUGCUCAACAUAUCUCUCGCACGGUGGUCAACAGGUCAAAGCUAAGUGCAAGGAAUGCUAUCGCACGGCUCUUCACCAAGGAUGUGAAAAAGACACAGACCGUGAAAAAUCCUUUCCACUUCAAUGGUUCCGCUCCAAACCUCAGCAUGACCAAAGCUGAGGAGAAAAGGGGGGAAAAAGCGGCUGCGCGGGCACAAAUCGACAAGCUGGCCAUUGAGAGCUUACACAGUCCGCUGGAGGUGCACGCCCAGCAGAACGACCGCCUGUGUCAUUAA